AUGUCUAUUGAUCUAAGUUUCUUCGGCAGCAUUGAUGCGGCGAUGGAAGAGGAGGCAGCGAGAAAAGAAGAGAUACUUCGGUUGGUACGAGACUUUGAUAAGACCUGUCUACCAACAAUCGGUAAAUUAGCUAUUGAUAGAUUUGGUGAAGUUAGACAACACAUGAAAAAUCUUACUCAACUGGUGCCUUCUCAACAAUAUUACAGAUAUAAUGAGCUUUGGAGUAGAACAGUUCAGAAUUCACUUUUUCUUGCUGCAUUUGCAAUUUAUCUCCAAUCUGAAAAAUUGAUAACAGCAAGUGAAAUAGAAUCAUUGCUUGGUGCCAAGAUCAAUUUAAAUAAUGACCUACAGGACUUUCACAUAUCUCUUGAAGAAUUUCUUCAUUGUUUUAUCACUUUAACUAAUGAAUUGUCUCGACUCGCUAUCAAUUCUGUCACAGUUGGUGACUAUAAUCGGCCUCUUCGUAUCUCAAAUUUUGUUCAACAAUUGUAUACGGGAUUUCAAUUGUUGAAUCUAAAAAAUGAUGCUUUGAGAAGGCGUUUUGAUGGCAUAAAA